AUGGCCACCGGGACGGUCCUGCUUUGCUUUUUGCUGCUGCUGUCACUGCAGUCAGGUCUGGGUUGGGGCCCCAGUGGCUGGGGGGUUCCGAUGGCUGAAGGAGAGUUCUUGUCUGAGCAGGCGGCAGAAGCUGGCAGAAACCGGCUGGGUAUCCGCUGGUAUCCUGCUCGCUUGCGCCGAGCACCAGCUGGCCCUUGCCAGCUGUGGAGCCUGACACUGCCAGUGGCAGAGCUGGGCCUGGGCUACACCUCAGAGGAGAAAGUCAUUUUCCGCUACUGUGCUGGUAGGUGUCCCCUUGGUGCCCGUACCCAGCAUGGCCUGGUGUUGGCCCGGCUGCGGGGCCAGGGCCGAGCCCAUGGUGGACCCUGCUGCCUGCCUACUGACUAUGCUGAUGUGGCCUUCCUUGACGACCGCCACCGCUGGCAGAGGCUGCCCCAGCUCUCAGCGGCUGCCUGUGGCUGUGGCGGGUGAAGGUGCCAGCC